AUGGAUCCGUCACUCGGCGAACACAGCUGCUCAUGCACUUGUUCGAACGGUCUCAGAUUCGAACAAUCCCUCCCGUCGUAUUCUCCUCAGUCCGGUGGAAGUAGCAGCAAUGGUUCCCUGGAUGCCUGUCAGGCAGCUCAAGACAAAUUUUUCGCACGCGAGCAAGAACUUCUAGCCGAAAUCGAAGCAUACAAGCCGAAACUUCCCAAAUACAUCGGUUGCUACAUCGAACAGGCCCACCCGAAUAGCAUCUUGACUGGCCGUAGAUUGGCCAGCAAGAGUCUAACAUUCGAACAGUGCGCUAUGCACUGUGAGGACUACAAGUAUUUUGGCCUCGAACCUGAUUUGUGCUGGUGUGGGAAUGAACUCAAAUUUGGGGUAACCAUAGUGGAAGACAAAGAGUGUAAUGAUUUCUGCGCCGGUAACAGAACUCAGCAGUGCGGUGCCAGCUGGAGAACGGCCAUAUAUAAGAUUACUGAGUGA